CCCACCUCCUCCAUCAUUCCUAUUAUGGAUCCUCGAGCUGCAUGAUCCGCACCUCUGCAAGUAUGCACGUUUUGUGUUGGAUGGGCUUCUCCGUAAACACCGCAAAGCUGGCCCAGGCGCGGGGCUCCAGCCUCGCCGCAUCCCCCACAAGUUGUUAGGGUGCGUGCGGAGAGCAAGAGGCUGGCUGUGUUGUUGAUCAAAAAUGACUCGGCAUGGCUGUGGCUUUGACUCAACAUACGAGGCUUCGCGAGCGACCCUGGAAACCAUAACCAAACAUUGAGAGAGUGAGGCGCAAAUCAUAUUAAUGAAAGUCUUAAGGCCAGCAGCAGCUCACCUACAAUGUUAAAUAUAUUGACUGGGCCCCUACUGGCUGAUGUGAUUUCAGAGGUAACCAUCAGCUGAUGUGGUUUGAGUGACCUGAAAGUGUCAAUGGGGUUGGGUGGCCAUGGACCCAUUCAGCCAGCUUAUCCUCACCAUCUCGGUGACCAGUUUCCUCACCUUCCAGUGGCUCUUCCACAGAGUCAGCCCCUGGAUGUCCUUGCGAAUCAGCCCCGGCUUCCUCUGCCUCAGUGACAAGCAGAAGGUGGAGUGGAACUCAAGGACAGUGUCAACGUUUCACGCGCUGUUGGUGGGAAUCUUCUGUCUCUUCAUCUUGUUCUUCGAUGAUGCCGUCAAUGAAGACCCAGUUUGGGGAGAUCCUACACUGGUGAAGAUUAAUGUUGCCAUCACAACAGGCUACCUCAUAUCUGAUCUGCUGCUAAUAUUUUACUAUUGGAAGGCGAUAGGCGACAAGUUUUUUAUAGUUCACCAUCUGGCAGCAUUGUAUGCUUACUACUAUGUACUGGGCCAAGGAAUGUUGCCUUAUUUUGCUAACUUCCGUCUGCUUGCUGAGUUUUCUACACCGUGUGUGAACCAGCGCUGGUUCUUUGAGGUACUAGGUUAUCCCAAGUCCUCGCGGCCAAACAUGGCGAAUGGCGUUGCAAUGGCAGUAGUCUUUUUCAUGGUCCGCAUCGCCGUCAUGCCCGUCUACUACAGUCGUAUGUGUGCAGUCUACGGCACUGAGGCCUUCUACCUGGUGCCCUGGGGUGGCCGUGUAGCCUGGAUCUGCUCCAGUAUCUGCUUGGACAUCAUGAACAUUAUGUGGAUGCAUAAGAUUGCCCGCGGCUGCUACAAGGUGCUGCGCUCAGCACGCCGGAGCAAAGCCGGCACACCUCAGGAGAACGGGAAAACGGAUUAAGGGAACCAGGGUGUCAGUGGAGAGAAAGCACCACAGCAGAGAAACAGUGACGUCACUGUCAGUGCAUUGGAGCAGUUUGGAUACUCAUCUGUUACACCUGGGAUGAGAUAUUACAGAACCGAAUGUAAUGAGGGAUAUUGCGUUUUUAAUUUAUUUUUUUGGAACGCGGGCACAGUACAUGUACUGAUGGACCGUUUAACUGGCCAUCCCGAAGCCAUGAAAUGACCUCCUAGCAAUACUUUGUGUGCAUGGCCAAUUAUUUUUCUCUUGAACAAUUUACCACUACACAGAAGAGGUCGUCCUGGGACAAUGGACUGUUAGCCCAACCACAAAUUGUCAAAAAGUUUACCAUUCUUUACUUAGUGCUCAACAAAAGUUUUUUUGUAUUAUUACUGUUAGUUCAUGUUGAUGAUGAAGCAAGGAUUUGAGAUGGAACCUCAAACAUUAAUUCCUCAACAAUGGUCAGUGCCAUAAACUCAUUGCCAGACACCUGUUGAGGAGGAAGCGUCUUUCUUUUCCUCAGUAAAUCUUGAGCCAGCUAUUUGCAGGGACAUGACUGUCACAAAAUGGGAUUACAUCAAGUGUAAUCACAGAGAAAAGUAAGUACGGAUAAAUCAGUUCAUCACUCACCCACUCGUUCAGUUAAGCGGUUCUUUUAUGCCUUUUAAAAGGUUUAUUGGAAUAUCCUGGGUCUUUAUUUGUAUUUGAAUGCUUAUUUUAAAUAAACUAGGGCUGAACAGGCAUUACUACACUGUAUGUAGUGCAAUUCUUUUGUCUUGCUGGGGUCGAGACAAAAAGGUUUUCAAAGAUACAAACAAUUAAAUAUAACUGUUUUUAAUGAAGAGACUGAUGUACAGAGUACCAUGCUUACAGGGAAACUGAACGUCAAUGCAGUGAGUACACUGACAUUAAGCAAUGCAAGAACAGUAAAAUAAGGAGCAACAGUCAACAUCAGAUUUUUAAAUCCACAUGAUUUAAUGUGUAUACAACGUGGUCUUUAACAGAAUGGAAAAAAAUAUAUAUGACAUUGCAUAAAUAGAGAUGUUGUUGACACUGUUUUAGUGGGAGCCUGCAUUAUAUUUAUUUGACAUUCUGUAGUGCAUGUUAAUUGGUGAAACCGGCCGGGAGAGCUAAUUUGGAAUCAGUGUCAUAGAAAGAGCUAAAGGGAAAAAUGAAACGGUGGACCGACAAUGCUUUGAAAUUUUCAUUUAUGCUAAGUAAGUUGGUGGGAGAUGUUAAUACGAUUCUGACACUUCUAGUUUUUCCAGCAUCAGUUGUUGACCUUAGAUUUAUAUGAUAUUCACACUUGCUAUUUAUGAUAUCUUCUUAGGCACAAAUGGUUCAAUUUACCCCUGGGCAACAUUUGCCAACAAGCUGCAUGCUGCUAUGUGUGUUUUCCAUGAAGCAAUUGGAAUUCCGCAAAUUGGAUUUGGUACAUGAUUUAAGUACAUUCAUUUGUAAACCGACUGAAAUUGUUUCUACAGAUUUGAUUUUUAUGUACAAUAAGUACAUAAUAACUGAGAAUAAGUGUUUCAGAUGGUAAUAGUUCUAUCAAUGUCAAAUAUUUUGUAAUUGUUUUAGAGCAUUGUGAUACAAAUAGCUUCUGCCUCAUGUUUACUGUAUGAUUUUCAAUCAGCUGUCAAAGAUAAUGUGAACUUUAUUCACCGGAUGGAUACGAGGAUUGUGUUUUGUUUUAAGUGGACAUGAAUAUAUGGAAAAGUUGUGAAAGUUAACAUGUUGUAAUUGUUUUCUCAAGCAUCAUUCUACUGGCGAAGCAGUUUCACGUUAAUCGUCGUGCAACACCGAACGCCGGAGCAAAUCUGUUCAAACGUUUUUAAGACAAAUGUAUCAUUUGUUCAAAUUAGAAGUUACAAUUCAUCGAUGAUUUACGAAACAUGUACUUGAACUUUCAUUGUAAAUGUAUCUUUAUAUGAGCUGUACAUCAAAAGCUUCUGUCAAAUGUUUUGUGAAACAAAAACAAGGAUUGCUGGGUUUUUAAAGUACGCCUUGCUAUGUUCAGCAUUUGAUUUUGUUGCCUUUUUAAAACUUAUGAUUGCACAGUGAAUAUUUUGUUACAUUCAACUCCUCAACGCUGAAAAAUGUGUCAAUUUUCAUUGAUUUACUUGUGUGUUGUCCAUGUCCGAUGCCUGUCUAACGUGAUUGUUUGGCCAUUGUAAUAGAUGAGUUUCAAAUGUAAAACCAAGAGGCUUGUUAAGGCUGGUUGUUUUAGUGCUUUUGUUUUGUUAUGGUUUUAAGAUGUCAAAGAUGUAUGUAUUUGUGCCAGUGCUUAAGCCAUUACUAUUCCAUGUUGAAGAAUUUUUCUGUUAAAUCCAUUAACAUUUUUAUACAACAGUGCCAACUUGCAAAAGUAAUAGUUUAGAUCGGUUCUGUUCACAUAAAUUUCUCUGCACGUUGUGGCCAGUCACUGUACAAUGACGUUCAGUCUAGUUUGGCAAGGUAAAAUAGAGUGCAACAGGAUGGACUUGACAUCUGAUUAUAGGUGAUUGUCUUUUACAUUACGUGUGAAUAUCACUAUCUCACAUCUUAGAAAAGAGCCAGGAUGUGGUGUUAGAAUUUAACUGGAGUUAAAUGCUAAUCAUGCAACGGUUUCAGGACUGCAGGCCACUUCUGGCACAAUCAGGGGUGGCUGUGUAUGCGAGGUCAUGCAUGGUCAAUAUGGUCUUCUUCUUCAUGCACCCUCUAUAACUGCAUGUGGUAUUGCAUGGGGAUUGCACUGUAAACAAAAUGGCAUACAUUUGACAAGUUUUACUCUUUGUUUUCUUUUUUCUUAGUAACAUGUACAUAAUGUUUACUUAAACAUUGUCCUUGCACUGUGCCACAAAAUGUAGUCCACAGACAAUGAUGUGAGGAGAACAUCAUAAAGCAGAUAUUUAGCAUAAUAUCCAGCACAGAAAUAAUCAGUGAGGGAAUACUUGAAUACUAAUCAGCACCGCAUAUAAUAAUCUGGGCAGUGCACAAAAAAAAUCCUAUGAGCAUCCUGCAUUAUAUGUAUACUAUUGUCUUUAAUUUAUUAAUGCAAGAGUAGACAUAAAACAGAGCAGAUUCUACGGUAAUAGAGAGAGAGUGGUGCUGCUGUCAGCUACUUAAACCUGGUGUUGCUGUUUCUGUUCUGAAUGUUGUAUGGAGCAGAGCUGUGAGUAGGUGAAGUGUUUAGUGACAUUCUAUGAAUGUAUUGGAGAAGGGAAAAUAUUUGUCAUUUACAUUUUCAUUUGUUCUUUACAAUAAAUACCAGAUUAACUGA